AAUAUUUUAUUAUAUAAGAGUCCACGCCGUGAAAACGCGGCUAGUACAUAACUCUUGACUCCCGCUAACCCAUUUCAGCUUUCUGCCGAAGUCCAUGUCAAACCUGGGCCCACGCCCACCUCAGGCCACCCCUUUAUAUCCCGUCCCUCCUGUUGACCCAUUUCAUCUCACCCCAAAUCCGCCAUGACCGACAAGGAGCAGGCCAAGCCCUUGGCCGCCGCGGCCAACCGCUCACCCCCCGUGGACGAAGAGGACCCCGCCGUCGUACCCGUGCAUCCCAAAAUCCGACGCCGGAGGAGAUGCAUCAAGUGCUGCGGCUGCCUCACCGCCGUCAUCCUGAUCCUCGUCGUCGUCGUCGUCAUCCUCGCCUUCACCGUGUUCAAAGUCAAAGAUCCCAAGAUGAAGAUGAACUCCGUCUCAAUCCAACAGCUGGAAGUGACCCUCCCCAGCGGCAACAACCCCAGGCCCACCAUAAACCUGACCCUCGUCGCUGACGUGUCCGUGAAGAACCCCAACGCGGCGUCGUUCAAGUUCGGGAACACCGCGACCACCGUCUUCUACGGCGGGACGGAGGUUGGGCAGGCGUGGACGCCGCCGGGACACGCCAGGGCGCGGCGGACGCUGCACCUGAACGUGACGGUGGGCGUCGACCCGCAGAAGAUCCUGGGCGUGGGUAGCCUGGGGAGUGAUCUGAUAGCGGGGGAGCUGACGGUGAGCACGGUGACGAUGGUCGGCGGGAGGGUGAAGGUAAUCGGAAUAAUUAAGAAACACGCGGAUAUCAGAAUGAAUUGCGAUAUUACGAUCAGCAUUAGCGAGCGGGAUAUUCAGAAAUAUGACUGUACGCGGCAUGUUUCGCUCUAGGAAUUAAUAGGAAUUGGGUAUGUAUGUAAUUGAGUAAUCAUGUAUUCUUGUUUUUUAUUUUUGUUUAUGUUUUGGUAUUAAUUUUAUAAUGAUUAACACUAUUUUAUAAAGAGUGUAUUGUCUCCACAUGUUAAAAAAUAAUUAAUAAAGUGAGAUAUUAUCCUCUUA